UGUGUGUGAAAAAAAUGUUAUGUUGAUGCGGAGACAGAGCAGACACAUAACCGAGAGAAGAAACGGGGUCAGCGGCGGAAAAGGAGGACACCUCCAAGUCCCAUCGUCGAUUAUUACCCCUCGGUGACUCCCAUGUCUCUCUCCGGGGUGGGUCUAACCCCAAAAAAUCCGUCAUCCUACAAUGGGCUGUGGGAGAUCGGCUCAACUCGGAGAUUCCUCUUGUAGCUGUUCACAGAGCCGAGGAUAGGACCAAGACAUCACACCAAGUCAAUGAGGGUUUCUCGUCCGCUUUCGUCCUGCUCUUCUCGGCCCCGGAGUCUGACAGACAGCCGCGCACAGUGCGUAAAUGCGCUCGGAGUAGUGAAGACAGGCCUCCGAGGAACACUUUAAAUGUUGAGAUUCAAACCUUGUCGGACAUCGUGUUAGUGAGUCUAUUUCUUCAUUGUUCCGCUGAGCGGAUGGAGUGAAUUGUGCAAAAGGGGAGAGAGACAGACCACAGUUUGGUUGCGUGUGAUGAUAGGAGACACAAUGACGCUCUUGUCUCUUCUGGGUCGGAUCAUGCGCUAUUUUCUCCUCAGGCCGGAGACAUUGUUUCUGUUGUGCAUAAGCCUGGCGCUGUGGAGUUAUUUCUUCCACACGGACGAGGUGAAAACCAUCGUCAAGUCCAGCCGGGAUGCCGUGAAGAUGGUGAAGGGGAAAGUGGCGGAGAUGAUGCAGAAUGACCGGCUGGGAGGCCUCAGUGUCCUGGACGCAGAGUUCUCCAAAACCUGGGAGUUCAAGAAUAACAACGUAGCCGUAUACUCCAUACAGGGGAGGAGAGAUCACAUGGAGGAUCGCUUCGAGGUGCUCACCGACAUCACUAACAAGAGUCACCCGUCCAUUUUCGGGAUAUUUGACGGUCACGGUGGAGAGGCUGCAGCUGACUAUGUGAAGGCUCACCUGCCAGAGUCCCUGAAGCAGCAGCUGCAGGCCUUUGAGAGAGAGAAGAGAGAGAGCUCUCUCUCGUACACCAGCAUCCUCGAGCAGCGCAUCCUGGCUGUGGAUCGUGAGAUGCUGGACAAGCUCUCUGCCAACCACGAUGAAGCAGGGACAACAUGUCUCGUAGCGCUGCUCUCAGACAGAGAACUCACUGUGGCCAACGUAGGAGACUCCCGUGGCGUGCUCUGUGACAAAGACGGGAAUGCUGUUGCACUGUCACAUGAUCACAAACCAUAUCAGCUCAAAGAACGCAAGAGGAUCAAGAGGGCAGGAGGUUUCAUCAGUUUCAAUGGCUCCUGGAGAGUGCAGGGAAUCCUGGCGAUGUCCCGCUCUCUGGGAGACUACCCACUGAAAAACCUCAACGUAGUCAUCCCCGACCCUGAUAUCAUGACCUUUGACCUGGACAAACUGCAGCCGGAGUUCAUGAUCCUGGCUUCUGACGGCCUGUGGGAUGCCUUCAGUAACGAGGAAGCCGUCCGGUUUGUCCGCGAGCGUCUGGACGAGCCUCAUUUCGGUGCCAAGAGCAUCGUCCUCCAGUCCUUCUACCGCGGCUGCCCCGACAACAUUACUGUAAUGGUGGUAAAGUUCAAAAGUGGAGUUGGGGGUAGCAGCAAGGCGGCAGGGGAGUAGGUCUGGAACUGAGAGAAUAUAAAGUGCAGACACUGAGAACUGUACUUUUGACAAGUGUACACACAUAUACAGACAAACACAUACAUGCAAACAUUUAAAAAUGAGGUUUUGAUUUGUUUGUACGGUACUGAUUAAGAGCAUGUAAACACAAUGUAGACCCAAUGACCAUCUGCCAACUUAAUAACAAAUGCAUUAAAAGACAUUAGUUCUCAGUUCAACAGUGGAGAUGCAUAAAAAGGGGGACAAACAGACACCAAACAGGGGAUUUCUCUUAACCAGCACACUUUAGACUGUGAUUGAUUUACUACUGUUUACUGUACAUGCACAUGAAUGGUACAGCUCCACUGGAGGCUUCUUCAGAGGAAGCUUCAACUAGUGCCUAUUCAAGAGUUACUGUGCAACUACAGGAAGCUACUGAAAAUGCAUUUGCGAAGAAUCACCCUGCUUGCUGCAUUUUGAUGAAUAAUAAUGUAUGUAAUGCAUCACAUUGUUGACCUGGAAAAAUUAGUCAAAAUCAUAAAAGACUCCAGUGGAUCCAUACCUUUAUUUAACUAGAAGUGAUCCAACACCCAAAAUCUAAAUUUUGAGUAUCAGACACUCAUCCCCCGUAGAAGUGAGGGGUGGCUGUUUAUUAUUUGUAGUGUCGUCCUCGUGCUACAUUCAGACUCAAUUCAUGCUGGUUACAAUGGACUCUAAAAGCCAGCAAGUCAACACAGUGGAAAAAAGUAGCAUAAAUAUGUAGUUAGUGUAACAGCAGGAGCUCUGAUUGGUCAGCUGUAAUGUGUGGCAGGAGUCUAAGCAAUUACAGCUCCUACUACUGCUCUGUGGGUUGGGUUUCAUGCACCACACUGCUUAUGCAUGUUUUAAUUAAAGAUACCUUUUAAAUUGAGGGAAUCAUGAAAUGGAAACUGUAAACACUGACACAGAGGUCUAAGGAAUUGUGAGAUGAAAUAUGAAAGACUGACAUAAAUAACUAGAAAAACAAAAAGUUACAUUUAACAGCCUCAAAAGUAACUUUGGUUUUAUGUUCCUGGCUGCCAACCAGUAAACUAUAUAUGGAAUUUAAACCAGUGUGUGAGUGAGCAUUAGGUUGGUUUUUCAGUGAACGAGCUGCAACAGAGUGAUCUGAGGCGUUUCUGUGGAUAUUGUCUACUUUUUUCUCCACUCUGGAGAAUUGAUUGCCAUUGAAAUGCUUGUCACCGUCAACCAAAGUGACACAGCCACUCUUGUCUUUGAAUGCUUCGGUUCUCAUUUUUACAUCACCUUUCAAGUCUGCGGGAAAUGACUGGCACUUAAAAGCAAAACAUUUUGGGUGGAAGGCCACUUACACAUGCAACACACACACAUGCACACAGACACACAGAAUUCUGAAAAAAAAUGCACUUUUCAGAUGUUUAUUUUUUUGGAAUGGUGAAUUCUUAUUACAUAUCAAAAAAUGUAAACACUGUAUAUCCUCAGUAAUACGAGACGGUUUUAAUGUGUGUAGAGCCUGAUUUAGUUCCUGACCUUCACCUCUUGGUAACGCAAUUUUAUGGAGCUAAUGUUGCAUCAAAGUGAUUUUACACCAUCUGUAUCAGGGCAUGUGCUUUGGCGUAUCCAUGAUCAUGAACAAAGUACAUAGAGUAUGCAUCUAUGGACAUUUGGUGGGUGCCUUUGGCCUGGGAAGCACACGAAACAGGAGGCACAACAGACUUCCACGCCUCUGCCGCCAUGAGAAACUGACUAAAAGAUGACACAUCACGAACUGUGCAGCCACAGCUGGAAUGCUAGUAGCUAGAAAUAUGAUAUACUCCUGAAGCAAUACAACCGGUGUCAUCGACAGCCACAACCUGUCAAGGACAGUUACAGUAAACCAUACUUGAUUUAUUACAGUUAUUUUAUUAUUAUUAUUUUUUUUUUUUGCCACUGUGUACCAUAACCUUUACAUCAGUUGAAAGAAGCCUUUUUUAUUUAUAAGUUUACCUAAUGCCUUAUUUAUUGUAGAGUUUUUGGAUGUGUCUGGCAGAUUGCCAAACCAGUAUUCUGUAUAUUCAUUCUUUUUUUUUUAUUCUUCUGUACAUGAGCAGGAGUUU